AUGAACACUCCCGAGAAGAACGCCGGGACGAACGACGGGAAGGACGCCGGUAAGAAAGACGGGGAAAACGCCACACCGAGGUAUCUGUGUGACCAAUGCGGAAAAUCGUUAUCCUCGCGACACGGGUUGAAGAGGCACCGGCGGACGCACGCUAAAGAGGGGCCUUUCCCAUGUGAGAGUUGUGGAAAAUUGUUAGCCACGCGAUUCACGUUCAAUAGGCACCAGCAGAUGCACACGGCCGAAAACCUGUACACUUGCGAGACGUGCUUACAAUCUUUCUGCUCGCGAUACGGGUUAGAGAGGCACCAGCAGACGCACACGGCUGAGCAGCCGUUCUCGUGUAGCGAGUGCGGCGCUUCGUUCGCCGACCAAAGAACGUUGGACAACCACUACUUACGCACGGACUUGCGUUCAUGA